AUGAACACGGCCGACCAGGCCCGGGUGGGGCCCGCGGACGACGGGCCUGCGCCGUCCGGGGAGGAGGAGGGAGAGGGGGGCGGCGAGGCGGGCGGGAAGGAGCCAGCAGCGGACGCGGCCCCGGGGCCCAGCGCUGCAUUCCGCCUCAUGGUGACUCGGCGGGAGCCGGCCGUGAAGCUGCAGUAUGCGGUGAGCGGCCUGGAACCGCUGGCUUGGUCCGAGGACCACCGCGUGUCUGUGUCCACGGCCCGCAGCAUCGCUGUGCUGGAGCUUAUCUGCGACGUGCACAACCCGGGCCAGGACCUGGUUAUCCACCGCACCUCGGUGCCCGCCCCGCUCAACAGCUGUCUCCUCAAAGUUGGCUCAAAAACAGAAGUUGCUGAGUGCAAGGAGAAAUUCGCCGCCUCCAAGGACCCCACGGUCAGUCAGACUUUCAUGUUGGAUAGGGUGUUCAACCCUGAGGGGAAGGCUUUACCACCAAUGAGAGGAUUCAAGUACACCAGCUGGUCUCCCAUGGGUUGCGAUGCUAAUGGCAGGUGCCUCUUGGCAGCACUGACCAUGGACAAUCGCCUGACCAUCCAGGCAAAUCUCAACAGACUGCAGUGGGUCCAGCUGGUCGACCUGACUGAGAUCUAUGGAGAACGUCUUUAUGAGACCAGUUACAGGCUCUCUAAAAAUGAGGCCCCGGAAGGAAAUCUCGGGGAUUUUGCUGAGUUUCAGAGGAGACACAGCAUGCAGACCCCAGUCAGAAUGGAGUGGUCGGGCAUCUGUACCACCCAGCAGGUCAAGCAUAACAACGAAUGCCGGGACGUUGGCAGUGUGCUCCUGGCUGUCCUCUUUGAAAACGGUAAUAUCGCCGUGUGGCAGUUUCAGCUGCCGUUUGUAGGAAAAGAAUCCAUCUCUUCAUGCAACACGAUUGAGUCAGGAAUCACCUCUCCCAGUGUAUUGUUUUGGUGGGAAUAUGAGCACAAUAAUCGAAAAAUGAGUGGCCUUAUUGUGGGGAGUGCUUUUGGACCCAUAAAAAUUCUUCCUGUCAAUCUCAAAGCAGUCAAAGGCUAUUUCACUUUAAGGCAGCCUGUUAUCUUGUGGAAAGAAAUGGACCAGUUACCUGUGCACAGCAUCAAAUGUGUGCCACUUUAUCAUCCUUACCAGAAGUGUAGUUGCAGCUUAGUCGUGGCUGCAAGAGGCUCUUAUGUAUUUUGGUGUCUUCUUCUGAUCUCCAAAGCAGGGCUGAAUGUUCACAAUUCCCAUGUCACAGGCCUUCACUCACUGCCGAUUGUCUCCAUGACUGCAGACAAACAGAAUGGAACAGUCUAUACUUGCUCCAGUGAUGGAAAGGUGAGGCAGCUGAUUCCCAUUUUCACAGAUGUUGCAUUGAAGUUUGAACACCAGUUGAUUAAACUCUCAGAUGUGUUUGGCUCAGUGAGGACUCACGGGAUAGCAGUGAGCCCCUGCGGUGCGUACCUGGCCAUCAUUACCACUGAGGGCAUGAUCAACGGCCUCCACCCUGUUAACAAGAACUACCAGGUCCAGUUUGUUACUCUCAAAACCUUUGAAGAGGCAGCUGCUCAGCUCCUGGAAUCUUCAGUUCAAAACCUUUUUAAGCAGGUCGAUUUAAUAGACCUAGUACGCUGGAAGAUUUUAAAAGAUAAACAUAUCCCUCAAUUUUUACAAGAAGCUUUGGAAAAAAAGAUUGAAAGCAGUGGAGUCACCUAUUUUUGGCGUUUUAAGCUUUUCCUCCUGAGGAUUUUAUAUCAGUCAAUGCAGAAAACCCCUUCAGAAGCCUUGUGGAAACCCACCCAUGAGGACUCAAAAAUCUUACUAGUGGAUUCGCCUGGGAUGGGCAAUGCUGACGAUGAACAGCAGGAAGAAGGCACUUCUUCCAAACAGGUGGCGAAGCAAGGCCUGCAGGAGAGGAGCAAGGAAGGGGAUGUAGAGGAGCCCACUGAUGACUCGCUCCCCACAACUGGAGAUGCUGGAGGCCGUGAGCCAAUGGAAGAGAAACUCCUGGAAAUCCAAGGGAAAAUCGAAGCUGUGGAGAUGCACUUGACCAGGGAACACAUGAAGCGAGUCUUAGGAGAAGUGUAUCUGCACACCUGGAUCACAGAAAACACUAGCAUCCCCACCCGCGGACUCUGUAACUUUUUAAUGUCUGAUGAAGAGUAUGAUGACAGAACUGCACGGGUGCUGAUUGGACAUAUCUCAAAGAAGAUGAACAAACAGACUUUCCCUGAGCACUGUAGUUUGUGUAAAGAGAUCUUGCCAUUCACAGAUCGCAAACAGGCAGUCUGUUCCAAUGGCCACAUUUGGCUCCGGUGCUUCUUAACCUACCAGUCCUGCCAGAGUUUGAUAUAUAGAAGGUGUUUGCUCCAUGACAGCAUUGCCCGGCAUCCAGCUCCAGAAGAUCCCGACUGGAUUAAGAGGUUACUGCAAAGCCCCUGCCCUUUCUGUGAUUCUCCUGUCUUCUAAAUAAUCAGUGACAGGAAGAUGGAAGGGCAUGAUGAACUCUGCCAUAGAAAACUUCCUCCAGCCUGAAAAGAAGGAUGCACUGGAGGAAGCCGGACCCUCACGAGUGGAGAGAAGUCCUUGGUGAUUGUAAAGAGGGCCCCUGGAGCUCAUUUCUGAAGGGCACUCUCCAUCUCCAGGGACUAAAGGCUGUCCUUUGAAAUGGCUGGACUCAGAGAGUUGGAGUCAUUUUGAGAUGAGCAUUAGCCCCAGCUUUGUAACCAAUGAGGAACACUUAUUUUUAAGUAUCUUGACAGAAGCAAUUUGAACACAAUGUCCCGUCAUUUCUAGAAACAGAAUGGUCUCUUCUAGAGAGCUUGGAUAAGGACCUUGCUGGGUUGAGUUAGGUUUUAAUCCUUGCUUUGGUCUGGAACUGCCUUUGGGCUCCAGAACUUAAAUUGCUUGGUCCGUGGCAUCUGAUGUAUCAACAGAGAUUAAAAGUGUAAAGCAACACAUGGGCUGAUGUUUUGUUCUCAGAAAAUAGCUGCUGGUCUGCAUCCCUCCAUUCUUGUUUUUUAUGCAUAUGGAAAACAUUUUCCUAAAACUCUAUAUUCUUAAGUUGAAGCUAAGACUAAAAUUUAAUGUGUCAAAUGAUCUGGUGACUAUUGUAAUGAAUAAUCGUGACUUAUUUUUCAUUCUCUCCUGUGUCAUCAGGUUUCCUGACCCAACUCCUUAAUCCGUAUAAAGAUGUCAAAUACUGUAGUUCACCCACGCCACAGCCCUGCUUCAGACUUAACUGUGGUAGCCUAGAUGAGCUAUUUGUACAGAGGAAAAAAAGAUAUUUUCCUCUUUUAGUAAUAAGACUUUUAGUAUUUUUAAUGUUGACAUUUCCAGAUGUUUCAUUUAGUAUCCAGGGGUCUGUCUGGAGACUUCUAGAGAGGGACAGCUCAGAAGUGAGACCCUUGAGCUCUGGUGCUGUAAGCUUGUGCAAUUCAGUUGAACAGAGCCUGGGAAUUUCUUUCCUCUGCACAGUCUCUUGAUAUUUGGAAUCCAGGUUCUGCCCCCAACCCCUACCCACCCAGUGGUCUGUUAAGAUGUCUCAGAUGGGGCUGGGCGUGGUGGCUCAUGCCUGUAAUCCCAGCACUUUGGGAGGCCAAGGCAGGCAGAUCACAAGGUCAGGAGUUCAGCCUAACCAACGUGGUGAAACCGUGUCUCUACUAAAAAUACAAAAAUUAGCCAGGCGUGGUGGUGCACACCUGUAAUCCCAGCACUUUGGGAGGCCGAGGCAGACGGGUCACUUGAGGCCAGGAGUUUGAGACCAGCCUGGGCAAUAUGGCGAGACCCUGUCUCUACUAAAAAUACAAAAGUUAGCCUGGCAUGGUGGCACAUGCCUGUAAUCCCAGUUACUCAGGAGGCUGAGGCAGGAGCAUCACUUGAACCCAGGAGGCAGAAGCUGCAGUCAGCCGAGAUGGCACCACUGCACUUCAGCCUGGGUGAGACUGGAGACUGCCUCAAAAAAAAAAAAAAAAAGUUGGUACUUAGAUGAUACCAUAACGGCAACCUCCCCACCCCCACCCCGCAUUGAUAGGUAGUGGAGACCAGCCCUUGGAGGCACUUCUAAACAGUCUGCUCAGAAAUGUUUUCUGUUUCCUAUUCAAAUUGCUGUUUUGUCUCCUAUGUUUAAUCAUGUAUUUGCUAUUCUGCUUAUUUUUCUCAUUUGGUGGUAAUUUCAAGAAGAGUGUUUAUCCAUUAUUGAUUUUCAAGAAAGAAACCAAGCAGCAUUGAAAUCAUGAGUAACAGAAUUCAGAACAUUGUAUGGUGGAAGUCAUUUGUGUCUGCGGCUGUUUUUUUCACUUUACAAUAAAUAAGAGUAAAAAUUGAGAUCAUGUCAAAAAAUUAUUGCAGUUUUAAUCAUUAUGGCAUAGUUUCACUUCCCCCCCCAAUUAGAAUCAGUGGAGAUUUGUUCUUACUGGGGAAUUUUGGACUGCUGCCAUUUAAAACUUAGGUUUUUAUUUAAAGCAGUUGUGCAUUUUUGAGAAAAUGUACUGGGAGUAACUAGAGAGGAUCUCCCAAAUUUUUUUGUAUGUCUCUGUAGGAGUAAACAUGGCAACAGUUUUUCUAGAACGUGGACUCACUGCAGGGACUGGACCCAAUGGCAUUGUUAAGACCCUAAAAUCUAGCCACCACCUGCCUCCCCCAAGUUUCCACAUACCCAGUUGGAAGGCCUUUCCCUGCCCUUGUCCCUGUCUCACACCCAUGGAGGUAAAGCUACAGAGCUGGGGAAACAGGAGAUUUUGAGUUAAUGGCAGCCUCACAAAUAGUGCUUUUGAAUUUCUCUGAGGGUCAGCAUACCUCCUGGGAGUGUGUUGCUCAGUGCAACCUUGGAAAAGUGAGAAUGGCACCAGAAGUUUUUUAAGUGCCUCUUGCAGUUCAAACUUACAUCCUCUAUACCGUCCUAAAAUUUGCCUGAUCUUAUUUGGUAGAUUUCAAGUUGCUUUCAGCUGUGACCAUAACAACUGUUUCAGGAACUGGAGAGAGAGUGGAAGUGCUAUUGUUGCACUGCAUUUAAAGCACAGGAGCAAAGAUUCUAUACAAUCAGACCCUUUAAGCUACAACACGGUUGCAUUUGGGGAGUCUGAUAUCCACAUAUGUAUCACAUUUUCUCUACCUGGGGUUAAUUUGUUCUUAUUAUUCUAGAUAAGAAAUUGAUAGCUUGUUAUGCUUGAUAUUCAUUCUGAAAUCCUUAUGUGUCCACCAGGCAGACUUCAAGCAAUCUCUACCUACUAUUAUAUCUGCCAAAACUACCAAUUAUUUUUCAAUGUCAGAAGUUACUAGAGCCACUGGCAAAGCUCAUAGUUGAAUAUGACAUUUUUCUGCUUUUCCCUCUAAGAAGUUUUUGAGAAUGUUAAUGUUGAAGUAUGCAGGCUGGACCUAUCAGCAAGUUUAACAUGUUAAUUAGGUUAAAAAGAAUAUUAAAAGGCAAUAAUUAAAUAUUUCAAUUAUUUUGUAAUUAUAAUGGUAUCAAAUAAGAUGCAAAAGAAGUUGAUGCUUAUUGGUGCUUAAGAGAAUGACAGUACUGGUUUUAUGAGCAUCUUUUCUCUGCAGCAGUUAAACUGCCUCAGAGUUUGUGAAUUGCUGCAAUUCCUGGAAUGGAAACAGGAAUUGGGGCCACUGGUUGAUUGGCACAGGAUCUUCCCAUCGUUUCUGCUCCUGACCACUCUCUCUUGCCUUUCCUUCCCCCCAGAUGCCCUCUUGGUUUCCAUUCCUUUAGUUCUCUCUACUUGAGAACACAGAGCUAACAGAUUACAUGUUGGAAAGAAAAAUAGAUUAAUGGUAAAAUUUCUAAAAGCUAAAUUGUGUAGUGGGUCUCACUUCCUAGAAGAAACUAUUGGUAAUAUUUCUUUCUAAAGGUAAUAGUAUUAAUUGUAUCUGGUUUUCUUCAAAACUUAACUAUAAUUUCCUUGUCAGGGUGCUCAGUAGCUCUUGGUUUGACUUUGGGCUAAGGGAUGUGAAAUUUUAGCUCCUUCCCACCACCUGUUUCCCCUCACUCCCACCCCCAGCCAAUAUUCUUCUUCAUAAGCAAAAAUUAUGGUUAAGCUAAGCUGAAUGGGUUAUAUUCAAAGUAAGUACAGACGGCAAAUAGGCAGACAAAUACAGGAAUGUCUUUACAAUUAGCCCACCAUGGACUGUUUUGAGUCUCUGCAUGGUUUCCAUAAUUCAUUAUGAUGUAUCUUUAUGCUCUUUCACUGUUCCUCUGUGCGUUGGAGUUUAGCAAUUCAGUGAGACUGGGGAGUGUCUCAAGAAUGGAACCUUUGCCUUCAAGGUUGGGUCAUCAAAAAUCCCUCUAAAGGAUCUAACUGUAAUGAACUGUUUUUAUUUUUGCCAUUAGUGCAAGUAUCAACUGGCAGCCUCAAACAGCUUUAGACUAUGUCUCAGGUCUCUCAUAGUUAUACUUAGAACUGCUCUUUCUUGAAGCUAAAAGAGGUUUUUGGAGUAAAGAUCUGCUUCAUGUCUGCUAGCAUGGUAUCUGCUGUUCAACCUAGUGUAGAGCAUGUGAAGUGCAACUGUCCUUUAAUGGAAUUCAGCCAAACUCCAAAAAUACCGAGUUGCUUCUAGUUAUCUAAAGUAGUACAGAAUCACUAUCCUGAUGAAGAAGUGGGGUUUUUCAGAAGAUUGUAAACUCAUUUCCAUGGCACAGAUAUAAAUCAUUGUCAGGACUUGUUAGCCAGUCCAUGUCUCAUUGAUAGGAUGUAGCCUGCCAUCUGCAUAGAUGGUUUAACAUGGUGCUGUUUUUGAAAACUUGCUGUGGAAAUAAAUUUGACAGAGGAGUAGUUAUUUGUAAAGCUGUCCUAGAAAGAGGUUAAUUCUUUUGGUAUAUGAAUAUUUCUCCUCCAACCCCUUUAAUUAGGUGGUUCAGCUUAUCUUGUAUUUUCUGAGUCAUAACUAUACUCUAGGGCCAAGACCUACUAUAAAAUCUGGGGUCCUAACCAGAGAGUUGUUUAAAUCAAUAUUAUAUGCUUUGCCAACAUGAUCUAAGAAGGUAUUCAUUCUUUCUGGGUUUGAGAAGAGUUGACGAAAGUGUAAGAUUAUACUCUUAUGCAAAAUAAGGUAUAGGCUAAGUGAAAUACUGUAAAUGGGUUGGUUAGAAUUAAAGUUUAGAACUCUAAAUCUUAUGCUUGUUUUUAAAGUAAAAAGUUGCCUCACUGUCAUGAAAUCCUGUUACUUUCAUUAAAAAAAAAAUCCUGUAAAAUGGUCAAAUUGGAUAAUGUAAGAGAUAAUUAUGGCUUUGAGGCAUUUCAUACUUUAACAGUUUACAUUUGGCUAGCAGACUGGUAAGGUUUAGGGUUCUCUCCACUAAUGGAAAAUUAAAUGCAAAACGUCCUAAGAAUUAUGUUGUUUUCAAGGCUUUGACUCAGAUUUGUACUUUGAUGUAUGAAAGUGAAUAUCAAACUUGUUUAUACAGAAAAGACUAUAUAGAAAAAUAAGUCUGUGUUGUGUACAGUGUUACAUGUUUUAUGUUUACCCAAUGCCUGUACUAAAUCUUGUGCUUGGCUUUGAAUUAUAUAUGUGUUUACCUAUGACUUUUUUUUUGAAAUAAACAGAACAGUCAUCUAAAAACAUAAGGUUUUGGAAAGGAGAUGCUUUUUCAAUUCUUACCAUCCGAUUAGGUGGAAUGUUUUGUAGACUUUUGGUGUUUAAAAAAAAAAAGUUUGAUAACAAUGCAUUUUGCUUGGAAUACCCCCCAAUCCAGAAAAGUUGGUGACUUCUCUCCAUUGUAUAUAUGUACAUAGUUUUCAUUAUUAGAUUGUAAGCUCCUCAAGGGCAGGAAUUGUUUUAUCUUUGUUUUUCCUGCAGCACCUAAUGUAAAGUGCCUUGCACAGGGUAGGUGCUCAUGACAUGUAGAAUGAGUGAGUAACUUCCUGCCUCAUCAGGAUGAAAUGUGGUUCACUUCCCCUGAACACUACAAAGCUACUCCUGCCAGAAGAGGGCAGUUCUUUCUUGGGUUUGAACUGGCUUUUUUGGGUUGAACCAGAUCAUUCCAUAUCUUUAGCACUACUUAACCUUUUCCUGAAGAUUACAUAUCAGUGUCCUGCGUUUUUAUCUAAUAUUAGAGCUGAGGUUCCUAGGAAAAUUUUGAAGUGGGGAAGAUGAUGGAGAAAAUGAAAUGGAAAUUUGGGAAGGAUGGUUUGUCAGUAUAAGGUCCUGUGGGGUAAUCAUAUUUUAGUUAUUACUUGUUAAAAGGGUAGCAGAACCUCUGUUUCUUUACCAAGUCACUGGUUGGCCAUUUCUGCAAUUGAUGAACUACCAUUGGUUUUAGCUCUUUCUCAUUUGGGAUUCCCCUCAAUUGCUUACAUGAUUCUAGUACUUAGAGUCUAAUAGAGUUGCUGUGAAUAUGUAGUGCUGUACAUAAUGGCAGUUUUGUAAAUGUGAGAUAACCUUGAAUACAUUGUGGUUUGUAUACAGAGCCAUUAGUAUUGUUAUUUUGGCCACUUUUUUAUUCAAAAUAAAUAACAUAAUUAUUUG